AGGCGAAUAGUUUUAGUAACUGACUUUUGAGGAGUUUUGCAGUUCGAAUUGGUCGGAACCUCCUUUGCUGGAGAAGGUCGCCUCAUUAAUGAAAGUUCCCCAGAAUGGAAACGUAGGCGUCAAAAAGAGGAGAAGCACGGAGCCACCCACUCCAGCAAAGGAGGUUCCGACCAAUUCGGACUGCAAAACUCCUCAGAAGUCGGUUACAGAAACUAUUCACCUCUUCAACAAGCUUUAUUUGAAAACUAUCCAGAAAGAAGAAACUAGGUUGAAGAUGAAGGAAAAGCCAAAGAAAGCUGCUGGUGAGGAUGAGAAGAAAAGAUCUUUCAGGCUAGACUUGAAAGUGUUAUCCCAGAUGAAAGAGAACAAUGAGACCAUCGAGACUCCAAACUCUUUCGGCAAUAUACCAGGGGUUGAAGUCGGGCAUCACUUUUUCUCAAGAUGUGAGAUGACUGUUAUCGGGUUCCAUAAUCAUUGGCUCAAUGGAAUUGAUUAUGUUGGGAAUUCAAAAGCAAAGGAGUUUAAAGGGUACAGACUGCCGCUGACAAGAUUCAUUGUACUAUCUGGCCAAUAUGAAGAUGAUCAAGAUAACUACGAUGAAGUUGUCUACACAGGCUAAGGAGGAAAUGACUUACUUGGCAAUAAGCAUCAAAUGAAAGACCAAGUCAUGCUACGGGGUAACCUUAGACUGAAGAAUUGCGUUGCGCAAGGUGUGCCCGUUCGAGUAACUCGUGGACAUAAAUGCGAGAGUGUGGG